CCGCCGGAGGGCUAUAAGACAGCAGAGAAAGUCCAGGAGUCAUCAUUCAACUACUGAGAUAAGGACAGAAGGCAAGUUCUGAGCAGAAAGGAAAAGACUUCCUGCAAAGGGCGAGCAGCAGUCCACAUUGAUGAAAGUGUGGAAGAAGGAAAUUACAGAUUGUGUUCUUCAGCUUAAUAAGGUCUGAUGAGAAACCCGGGGACAGCGAUGACGACCGCUCUUCCAUCCAGCUUGCCAGCCACAAAUGUCUCAUUGGGGGACCAUACAAGCAAUGUGUCCUGCAGCAACAUAUUAGCGACCCAGCACCAGAACGUGAUCGUUCCUACCGUGUACAGCAUCAUCUUCCUGCUGGGCUUCAUGGGAAACAGCCUGGUGGUGUUUGUGCUGUGCCAGCGAGGCGCCCGCAGCACCGUGGCCAACAUCUACAUGUUGAACCUGGCCCUUUCCGACAUGUUCUUCCUGGCCAGCCUCCCAUUCUGGGCGGUCUACUACUACUUCGACUACAACUGGCCCUUCGGGACGCUCCUGUGCAAACUGUGUGGCAGCCUCCUCUCCCUCAAUGUCUACGCCAGCAUCUUCUUCAUCACCUGCAUGAGUGUUGACCGCUACCUGGCCAUCAUCUACCCCUUCCAGGCGCAGCGGCGCCGGAACCUGUGCGGGGCACGGUCGGUCGCCUGUGUGGUUUGGGUGGUGGCCGCCAUCGCCUCGAUCCCCACCGCGGUGUUCAGGGACACCCAUCAUCUGGAGGAGCUGGGGGUCACAGCCUGCGUCAUGCACUACCCUCAGCCAAGGUGGCUGGUGGGCCUGGCCAUGACCAAGAACACCUUGGGCUUCCUCUUGCCCUUUGCCAUCAUCGCCAGCUGCUACUGUGCCAUCGCGAGGCACCUCCUGGAAACCUCGGCCCUGGAUAGGAGCUCCAGCAACCUGGACCACGUGCUCAGGAUGGUGGUGGCUGUGGUGUUGGCUUUCUUCAUCUGCUGGUUCCCAUUCCAUGUGCUCACCUUCCUGAACGCCUUGACCACCUUGAGGGUCCUCAGGGCCUGCUGGCUGGAGGAGGCUAUCAGUGCUGCACUGCCUUUCAGCCUGUGCCUCGGCUUUGCCAACAGUGCCAUCAACCCCUUCCUCUACUGUUUCGUGGGAAACCAUUUCCGUGAGAGACUCAGCAGACUUCAUGACUCCAUGCUGCCCAGUCUGGCCCAGAAGAGGGGCUCCGUCAGCACCAGGCUCAGCUCCUUUUCCCGAAAGCUGAGUGACCUGAAGGACCUGAGGCCUGCGGAGACCGUGGAACAACUCAAGAUGCUCUAGCUCGAGUCGCAAAUGAGAACGGAGAUGAGCUAUAACUCUCCACAGGAGGGUCCUCUCUGAGGUUCCAAGGGCCUUGUCAUGCCCUUGGAUGACCCUGCUGAGAGGAUCUAUGCUUGGGACAUAAGUCACUUACAGAUUUGUCACCUGCUGACAUAUAAGCAAUAACAGGACAUAAGAACGGUAUAAGUAGAAGUCUCACCUGUAAUGUAUCAUGUUUUAUUGUCACACAUUUAGCAUUUUUUGUAAUAUGAAAGCUGAGAAAAAAUUUAAUUUAACCUAUCAGACAGAAGACAUUCCAGCAACUGGCAGCACUUAACAUUUUUUGGUCAUGCAGUAAAAAUAGCAAAAUCCACAGUGAAUGGUGUUUGUGCUGAGCAUAGAGAACUGCAUAUAGAUAUGUCGUGAAUUUGGCCCACAUAGUCCACAAUGUUUUAUACAUAACACACGCACAUUUUCUGAACCGCUUGUCCCAUACGGGGUCGCGGGGAACCGGAGCCUAACCCGG